AUACCUGCGAAUAUUCCGGUGACAGCAUUGGGCCGUCUCGCUCCCGCCACACGCGCGAAUGCCGCUCCUCCACCUCUCGCCGCCGCCGCACCGCCUCCUCCUCGCCGGCGGCGGCCGCCGCCGCCUACUCCUCCCGGCGGCUCGCCGCCGCUCCCUCGUCCGCGUCAGGGCGGCGGCGUCGGCGGCCGCGGCCGCGGCGGAGGCGUACGGGCUACCCUUCCCUCCUGAGCGCGCCGCCCACCACCGGGAGCUCGCGGCGGCCGCCGCGGCCGUCGAGCGCGCCUGCCGCCUCUGCGUAGACGUGAAGAGAACGCUGCUUUCGGGUGACAAGAAGAUUCUUGAAAAGAAUGACCAAACUCCUGUCACAGUUGCAGAUUUUGGAGUACAAGCUCUUAUUAGUUUAGAGCUCCAGCGAUUGUUUCCGUCAAUACCUCUGGUGGCAGAAGAGGAUUCAGCUUCUCUGAGGUCAUCCAAUACUGAUGAUAACAGUAGUAAUGUUCUUGUUGAGUCAAUUUCAAGUGCUGUUGCAGAAAAAGUGAGUAACGCCAAUUCACUUUUAACUCAUGAUGAUGUGCUGAGAGCUAUUGAUAGAGGAGGCAAGAAUGCUGUAUCCUUUGAUUCAAAUCCUGCUAGUUAUUGGGUACUUGAUCCAAUUGAUGGCACAAAAGGUUUCUUGGGAGGGGACGAUGCUCUGUAUGUGGUGGGGCUGGCUCUUGUGGUAAAUGAAAAGGUAGUAGCAGGAGUGAUGGGAUGUCCUAAUUGGUCUAAUGCUACCAUAGCCAGCAGAAAAGAAGACAGCGCUGCUGCCCAACCUGAUCAUGGGAUCCUUAUGAUUGCUCAUGUGGGCUGUGGAACUUGGUCUAGGCAUUUGUCUGUCGAUAUUGGCCAGUUCACUACGGCACAGAGUACUUGGAAUAGAUGCUUAGUGGAUUCUUGUUCAGUUGUGAACAUGGCACGCUUUUGCAUUCCUGAUAGCCAAACCUGGAAUAUGAUACCGCUAUCUGUUCUCUUCAACUCAACAAUGGAUGAAUCCAAUCCUAGAGAUGAGAAUGAAAUUCUCCUCUUAUCUGUUUACUGUGGCAGCUUGUGCAAGUACCUAACUGUAGCUUCUGGGAGAGCCUCCGUUUUUGUACUUCGAGCACGGACGAAAAAUCUCAAGUCUUGGGAUCAUGCUGUCGGAGUAAUUUGUGUACAGGAAGCUGGAGGUCAGAUUAGUGACUGGAGUGGGAAACCGUUGGAUCUUGCAGCUGACCUAACUGGGCGCAGAGACAUUUACCCUUCAGGUGGUGUUCUCGUCACCAACGGUGCUCUGCACGGCAAGCUGGUUGAAAUGAUCUCAGCAAAUCACAAGUAGCGGCAAAUUUUGCAUAACUGCGCACAUAACACAGAUUUUUCUUUUGUUAACAUUUUACCUCAUCAACCAUCAAAAUGUAUUUGGUCUCUCGUUCGGGAGAGAAACCUUGCAAACAUGUUCAGAUUACUUCCAGUAUCAUUACAACAUACAACACAACAGAUAUACAUGACAGAAGGCAUUGUUCCCCAAUGAACAAUAGUACCUGAUUACCUGAAGAUACAUGCAAAUAUGUUGCUGGUCUAA